UUUUCAAUGAACCGUUGACAUUUCUUCAGAGAAUAACAGAAUAUAUGGAAUAUGUCAGUCUACUGAAAACAGCGGCACAGUGUGAUGAUCCAAUCCAGAGACUGCAGUACAUAGCAGCAUUUGCCGUUUCUGCGACUUCAUCAAAUUUAGAAAGAGUAGGAAAACCUUUCAAUCCCCUUCUAGGAGAAACUUAUGAAUUAGUAAGGGAGGACUUAGGAUUUAAACUUGUCGCUGAGCAGGUCAGUCACCAUCCACCAAUCAGCGCUCUCCAAUGUACUGGCGAAGACUUUGUAUUUCACGUUACUGUUCAACCCAAACUAAAGUUUUGGGGCAAAGGAGUCGAAGUACAACCCAAGGGAAUGGUGACCCUGAAGUUCCCAAAAUUAAAUGAAGUAUACACGUGGAACAACGUCAAUAGCUGCGUACACAAUAUUAUUGUAGGACAACUGUGGAUAGAACAG